AUGUCAUUCAGUCGAAUUUCAACUGCAGCUGUAGACACUGCCGUGCUCGGUGAGCCACUUAUUUUCCGUCAUGGAAAGAAGGCGAACAAUAGAAUAAUGAAGAGUCCUCUUUCUGAGAAAAUGUACAACUGGAAACAACAUAAUCUUGAGACACUUGGUCUGCCCACAGAAGAAAUCAUCAAUCUAUACAGUCACUGGGGCCAGGGAGGAUAUGGGAUAAUUCUCACUGGAAACUUGGGUGUUGAUCCAAAAUACGUUGGUGAAGCUGGUCAAGGACUUGUGACAUUGGAAAAUACUAAUGAAGAAUCCCGGAAACUUUUCGCCAAACAGGCACAAGUUAUGAAAGCUACAGGUGCGCUGGCUAUUGCUCAAACUAAUCAUGUUGGAAAACUGGCAAGAGAAAAUUAUACAAAUGAACUCGGACAGAACCACACCCUCGUAGAAAGUGCGAAGAAUCCAUUGGAGUUUUCCGUUGAAGAAAUCGAGGAAAAUAUUUUCAAAAGAUUCGCUCACGCUGCCUCAGUUCUUUAUGAAAGUGGAUUCGAUGGAAUGGAAAUGCAUUCUGCUCAUGGAAUGAUUUUUAACCAGUUCCUUGUUCCUGAGAAUCAGCGAAACGACAAGUAUGGUGGCUCGAUUGAAAACCGCACUCGUUUGCUUCUCGACACGUACAAAGCUGUUCGCGGAGUGGUUCCAGAGAGCACUGGAUUCCUCGUAGGAGUAAAACUGAAUUCCAGAGAUUUCCAAGAAUGCGGAAUGUCUCGUGAAGACAUUAUCAAAAACGCUGGAUUUGACUUCGUAGAACUAACCGGCGGUGCAAUGGAAAGUGCUAUCAAAGAAGCUCAGAAAAGACAAACUACUAUCGACAGAGAGAAUUUCUUCUUAGAUUUCGUUGCAUAUACGAGCGAAAUAUUUAAAGAAACCGUGGUCUAUAUCACCGGUCGUUGGCAGACUGCAAAUGCAAUGGUCUCAUCUGUCAACAUGGGGCUGACAAAGGGAGUUGGCCUCGGAAGAUGGAGCUGUUCCGAGCCAGAGUUCCCAAGAAAACUGAUAGCUGGAGAAGUGUUCUCCUGCCCUGAUUACAAGUUUACUCCUAGCGAAUUCGGUCAGAUGAAAAAUGCUGCUCACUGGCAAAUGAAGCAACUUGGAGACAAGGAGUACGACUCAAAUAUUAGAUCUUCUCAAUUCGUAACCGAUUUUACCGUUGAAGAAGAAACUUCUAACUUCAAGAAAGCUUGUGAGGUCUACAGAACUCAUCUAGCAGCGAUUGGUGGACAGGACAGCCAUGCGGGUGUUAUCAACUAUAAGCCGUUGAACAAUAAUAACCAAUAA